CACCAGCGUCAGGGUAGUAGGUGAGCUUCGAUCCUCACUACGAUUGAGACCUUGAGGGAAUAAGCCAUGGGGCGAGAAGGCGACGUCGACUUUGCCAACGGAAGCGAGCGGAACCGUCGAGAUGAUCGGGAGGAGUCUCCAGCUGAGCGGGAUGGGAUGGAUGUAGAGAUGGACGGCGAUGAAGAAGCAUCCUCGUCAGUGCGACGGAAAGGCCGAGGAUUUGAUCCCAGAGGUGGCGCUGGACCUGAUCCGAUGUCAUCUGAUGGGGUCCGAUCGGGAAAGUUCGACCUGUUGGAUUCGUCGAGUGGCACGUCAGGAGAUCGAGCGGCGCGCUCUAUCGAAGGAUGGAUUGUGCUUGUGACAAAUAUCCAUGAGGAGGCGUCGGAGGAGGAGGUGACGGACAAAUUGUCUGACUACGGCGCAGUCAAGAAUUGUCACUUGAACCUCGACCGACGAACUGGCUAUCUCAAGGGAUAUGCCUUGGUUGAAUACACAACGUACGAAGAGGCCACAGCGGUCAUCGAAGCAUGCAAAGAGGGCCUCACGCUCAUGGACAAGCCGCUCAAAGCCGAUUUCGCAUUCGUUCGCCCGCCAGCACUUGCAGGUCGCGGAGCAGGAGGAAGGGGGGACAGAGGAGGUCCACGAAGAGAGAGAAGUAGGAGCCCGGCCCGACGAUAAAGGGCAACAAAAGGCGUUGUAUAAUGCUGUACAAAUCAUGAGUCUCACGAUUAGCCAUCCUG